AUGCUAUGUGAUGUAAUUAGCCACGAGGGGAUGUCACGGGAUGCAUUUCGAAUGCGUCUAUUUCCUCACGCUUUGAAGAAAUGUGCGAAAAUAUGGAUGAUGUCACGACCUCUUGGGAGCAUUAUAUUGUGGAAUGACAUGAUUCAAAAAUUUACCACGAAGUUUUUUUGGCCAACUCGAGUUCAUCAAAUUCAGAAUGAAAUCCAUACCUUUAAGCAGAAAGACCUUGAGAGCUAUCUGGAGGCAUGGGAAAGGUAUAAGAACUUAUUGAGGAAGUGCCCCAAUCUUGACAUUCCUAAACAAGCACAAAUAUACAUCUUUUACUAUGGAAUACGCCAAGAAUUCAAGAAUAUGGUAGAUGCUUCAGCGGAAGGAUCGAUAAUGACUAUAAAUGCGGAUGAUGCUUAUGAUCUGUAUGAGAGGAUAGCAAAAAAUCAAUCGAUGUGGCCGAGCAACAGGGAAGUCCCGAGGAAAACAACUGGUAUAUAUAAUGUGGAUGCAGUGAUAGCAUUGACAGCACAGAUGGAGUCAAUAACUAGAAAGAUUGAGUCUUUGACCCAUUCUGUGAAUAUAGUACAGACUCCAGCUCCAAAAUGCGCAGGCUGUGGGGCAGAUCACAUUACUGCAAGUUGCCCUUUGGCUUCUAAUCACAUAGCUCAGCCAGCUGAAGUCAGUUAUGUGCAAAACUAUCAAGGGCAAAAUGGACCUUACCCAUACAACUACCAUCUGAAUUUGAACAAGUAUCCUAACUACGCGUGGGUUGAUAGUUCAGAUCAAGUAAAUCAGAUAAGGGACAAUCCACCAACAAUUCAACAACAAGAAGAAAAAAGGCAAUCAUUGGAGGAUCUACUUGUCAAGUAUGUCAUCAAGACUGAGACGAUGAUACAGAAUCAACAAGCCUUUAUACAUAACUUAGAGAAACAAGUCAAGGCGACUGCUCUUAGCAAUAAAAAUACAACUUUAGUUUCAUUCCCUCAAAGGUUACAGAACAAUAAAACGAACAAACAAUUCAAGAAUUUCUUGAACACCCUCGAACAACUUCACGUCAACAUUCCUUUUAUUGACGCUAUUCUACAAAUUUCAAAUUAUGUUAAGUUUUUGAAGGAGAUGUUGACUAAUAAGAGAAAGUUACCAGAACAUGAAACAAUAGCACUAUCUGAAGAGUGCAGUACUAUCAUCCAGCACAGGAUCCCUCCCAAACUUAAAGAUCCAUGGAGUUUUGCUCAAUCUUGUUCCAUAGGAAAUUUAAAUGAUAUAAAUUGUUUAAUUGAUUCAGGACUAGUGGACCAAUCACUGAAACACCCUUACAGAAUAGUCAAAGACAUUCUUAUCAAGGCGGGUGAGUUUAUUUUUUCAGCUGAUUUCAUCAUCCUCGACAUUGAAGAGGCAUCUCAGAUGCCAAUAGUUUUGGGGAGGCCGUUCUUCUCUACAAGUCGAACCUUGCUAGAUUUUGAUGCUAAUGAGAUUGUCUUGAGGGUGGAGGAUAAGCAACAGAGCUUCAUCAUGGAAAAUCCAAACAAGCAACCAUCAUACUUUGAGGAUUUUCAACGAGAACAUGACAUCGUGGAACACUCAAACCAAUAUAGACCAAGGAAAAGCAUGAUGAGGAACAUUAUCCGGCCAUCACCCGUAGUCUUCCACACUUAA